CUUUUUAAGCUCCCCUGAGCCGGGGCUGCGCUCCUCUAAUUGGGACUCCGAGUCGGGGCUAUUUCUGGUGUUGGCGCGGCUCCAAGAAGGCGUGAGUUCGCCGCCGCUCGGGUGGCUUCUUUUUUUCCUGUAGGUCUAGAAUCUAAUCACAUUAUUAUUUAUUGAGGCCGCGCACGGGCCGUGCCCAGCUUCCUGCCCCUCGCCAUCCUCCAGGGGAGCGGGAUCCGUCAGUGUUCCCUCGCCCCAGCUCGGAUGUGACACACAUCCCCGGCGGGGGCCCGGGCGGCGCGCACGCAGCGGUCUCAGCGCCUCUGCCCUCUCCCGGUUUCAGAUCCGCAUUUGCGACCGGCGGCGGUGGCGGCAGAGCCCAGGCCGGUGCCCUGAGCCCAGCCACGCCGCACCCGGCAGCCCCGAGCGCGCCCCGCCGGCGGCCUGCGGAGCUCGCGGUGAGUGUCCGCGGCGCGCCCGGGGGGCCUGCGGCGCGCGCUGCCCGCUUUAUUCCCAGGCCCCGGGCUUGCGCGGGCCGCGGGAAAGGGGAGGCCGCACUGUGCUCGCAGGCGGCGGGGCCGGGGUGGGUGUCCGCGGGGCGCCGCGUCCUCCGGUCCCCAGGUUGAGGGUGCCCGGGUUGCGACCGUGGGGUGCGGAGACCCCGGGGAACGGCGCGCGGAGGGGGAGGGGGCGCGCGACUGCGACGAGCGCCGCUUGUGCACCCAGCGGCGCCCGUGCACCUCGCGCUCGGCGAGCCCGGCCUCAGGGAGGGGCGCGCGCUGCGCAGCGGCGGGAGGUGGGCGCGCGCCCCCCUCAGCCAGGGAAGUUCUAGAAGUGCGGGGGAGGGGCCCGGCGACCCGAGAUUCCUCUCUGGCCUCUCCUCCGCCUUUCCCAGAGUAGUACUGUGCGUGGACGAGGCCGGAUCGCGAGGGCCUGGGUUUCGGGGUUUCACCCCCCACCCCCACACACACCUUUGGCCCUGCCCCGCGCCUCUUCAACCUCCAGGGCCAGGCCUGCCCUCCGCCCCCACAAACUGGUUCCUCUGCUUUGCUGGGUUCUGUUAGAACUAGUCCCUUCGACUCCCCGUUUCUGCCCCCCCCCCCGCUUUGGUUUUCAUGGAGAGAGGAAGGGGUUUUUUUCUUCCUGCGACUCGCACCAGGUUUCCUGCCCCCAAGGCGGGCUUGGGUGCCCCCUCUGGCAGGAAGUGGGGCCGGGCGCACCCGCGUGGCGGUGCAUGUGGUCGGGGUGCGCCGUUUCCCGCGCCUAAAGGGCUCUGCGCCCCUCCCCCUCGUCCUAGCUCCUAGAAGCGCCGGCCUACAACCACCAGGCUGGGACGCCAGCGAAGGCAUCCUCAUUCUGGAGUAGAGGGCGCCUGGGUCUUAACCUGCUUCUCAGUAAACAAAGUGGCGGUCUGUAAGCAUUCCGCAAGAACCUCCAUUUUACCAAGUUGCUGUGUGACCUUGGGCUAUUGAGGGGUCUUCUCUCUAUAUUUAAAGGGGGACCCUUUAAGACCCUUAACAAUAGGCCUGCCGGGAUGUUACUCCUCUGGUAGUUCUUGCAUAGUUACUGAAACGUUGAGGAGCCACAGCGUGUGCACCCGUGUGAGAGACAGGCUGGAGGCCCAAGAGAGACACAUGGGGCUUGGACUCCUAAAUGUGACUUGGCCAUGCCAGACCUCCCUGAUGCUCAGAAACAGGUGGAAGAGACUCACUGUGUGCUGCCCCACACAUAGAGAAGGAGAAUGAGCGAGUCGGGCUCAAAGUCCAGCCAGCCCCUGGCCUCCAAGCAGGAAAAGGAUGGGACUGAGAAGCGAGGCCGGGGCAGGCCACGCAAGCAGCCUCCGGUGAGUCCUGGGACGGCGCUGGUCGGGAGUCAGAAAGAGCCCAGUGAAGUGCCAACUCCGAAGAGACCUCGGGGCCGACCAAAGGGAAGCAAGAAUAAGGGCGCCGCCAAGACCCGGAAAGUCACCACAGCUCCAGGGAGGAAACCAAGGGGCAGACCCAAGAAACUGGAGAAGGAGGAAGAGGAGGGCAUCUCCCAGGAGUCCUCUGAGGAGGAGCAGUGAUCACCACUCGCAGUGCCGCCUGCUCCAUAGCCACUGAGGAGCAGCUGUCCCCUGGGACUGGAAGCCCUGCUCCCAGGCCCCUCCCCGCCCCCACUGCACACUACCGCACCAGGCACCAGCUGCAGGCUCUGCUCCGCAGCACCCAAGGGAGCAGGAUUCGGCUCAGUCCCUGUGCCCUCCUCCCGAACACACCUGCCCCAUCCUGACAAGGCUAACUUCCCAUUUAGCCGCAGCCCGACCUGCUGCGCACCUCCCUCAGAGCCGUGGCUCUCUGGGCGCUUUGUUUUGCGGGUCCCUUCUGCCCUGCUGUUCCUGGCUUCCCCGUAGAGGGUCCUGGGAGCAUUCCCUGGCCUUAAGGGGCCCCAGCCCCAUCUCACUCUGACAAGGCCCAGUGGCUGACCUAGCAGCAGCAGUGUGGUCAGGGCAGGGGAUGCUUAGAUCCCAGCAUGUCCCCACCAAAGUAUCACCGGGUGGGUUUCUCAGCCCCUCCUGCCCCACCCUACAGAGAUCAUGCACUGGGUUGGCUGAGCCCCUUGACAACAGGAAGUAGGAUGAUGUUGGCUCCACCCACUUUAAUGUUCUCACCUGAGACUAGACAGAUGGGGUUACCGCCCAUCUCCAGAGUAAGGGCCUGUUCUCGCCUCCACCAAAGGCAAACGGGCACCAACACGCCUCCCCCAGUCCACUCUAGGCUGUUCCUUCCUCCCGCAGGGCACUAAGGAGCUAGCCUUGCCGCCCCCUCCUUUUCGCUCCUCCCUGCCCCCCAUGGUUCUGGUUCCAUCUUCUCCUCUGUUCACAAACUACCUCUGGACGGUUGUGUUGUUUUGUUUUUGUUCCAUGUUCAUUCUUAGAUACCCACUAUUGCUGCUGCUACCAGCGUCAGAUGUUCAUCCUCCUGAAUUUGCCUGUAUUCUCUCCCCCACACAAUACACUCGAGGGGAAGGGGGGCUGGGGCGCAGCAGACUGGUUACCUACCCCACACUAAGGAAGAUGGGGCCCCACCCCGUGGAUGCUGCAGCAGAGUGAGGAUGGGGGCCCACUUUGAUGGGAAAAGGGUGUAGGGCCACCUCCCCUUGUUCUGUGGGGGAGGGGUGGCCAGUAUUUGUCCCAGCCUGGGGCUUCCUCCCUGGUUUCUUAUUUGCAGUUACUUGAAUAAAAAACAAAUAGCCUUUUCUGGACAGUCU